AUGGCUACUCACCCAGAGGAGUUCAAUACCUCCGAGUACUGCGGGGCUCGUUGGAACGAUGCGGUGCAAUUAUGUAAAGAUAGGCUGCCACUGGCAGAUUUCAAGAAGGUUUUGGAGUGUUCUACGUGUGAAGAACUCAUACAUAGCCUUCAGAAGACAGCGGAGCAAGCAAACAAGAAGAUCCCAUGGUUGCUGGGAAGGCUCGACCCUUUUCUACAUGCUAUCCGCCAGUUGAACCUGGCCUGCGCUCUUGCCCUGGGUGCCAGGUUCACGGCUGGCGGUAUUAUAUGGGGAAUCAUGAUGCUGCUGAUUGAGGUUACUGUGCAAUCUGAGCAGUUACUCACCCGAACAGUAGAAUUGACGGAUCAACUUACCGGACAUAUGGAACUCCUACAACUCUAUCACCCGCUGGAGUACGGCAAUGCGUUAUUGGACAAAGCUAUCGUCGAGGUCUUCGUUGAGAUAAUCAUGUUUUGGUCGCAUACCGUCAGAUUCUUAAGACGCAACCCCGUUGAAAGUCUUGCGGUUGCUGCCUGGACGACCAACGUGUUGAGCGAGUUUCGGCAGACCGUCAGCCGCAUCGACGCCAAGGUGAACCAUGUGAAGGCAAUUAUAUCAGCCAUUGAGCAGAGAAGAAAAAUGGAAAACGAUGCAGUCGUUUCUAGGUCCGAGGUGACCUAUGCGAUGGCGAACCCGCGUCUCAACAAUCCGUCCGCUUCGCACUCCAACUACGACGAGGGUGUUGUUCAGUCAAUGGCAGAACUUCCGUGCAACAACAUACCGCUCGCUCGCAAUCAAUCAUUCUUCGGAAGAGAUGAAAUUCUUACGAAUAUACGAACAUUCAUCCGCGAUAACGAUAUCAAUAGACAACAGCGCUCAAUGAUGCUUUGGAGCGCUGGGGGCGUUGGCAAGACCCAAAUUGCACUAGCCUAUGCGCACGAGGAGCGGGAAAGGGGCGUUGGGAGCUUUACCGCUGCAGCUGUACUUCUAAAGUUGACAGGAGCCUCGCGAGAGAACGACUUGCAAACCAAUAAAGAUCUCCUCAUGAAAUGGCUCCAGAGCACCGAGAGUGAGUGGCUUCUGUUCGGAGGCAUCCUCAUCACAUCCCGAACGGAGAUGGAUCUCAUAAACUUCAACGUCGUUUCAUUCGAGAUUCCUGUAUUCGGGAACAACGAAGCCGGCCAACUAAUUAUGAAUAUUAUUGGCCGCAGCCAUUAUUCAACGGAUGAGAUUGCGGCGGCGGGGGAGCUCUCCAAAUUCGUUGGAGGAUUAGCUCUCGCAGUAGUAAUCUUAGCCUUAAAUAUCCGCCGACGACGAUGCCAGAUUCGCCAAUUUUGCAAGCUUUACGAAAAGAAUGCAGGGAGCUUCUUCGAAGAAUCGAAGCCUAGUGACUUGGGCCCUUACUAUGCGCACUCAUUGACAACGGCGUGGAAAGUGGCUUUCCAGUCGAUUGGAGAGAAUGCACUGUCCCUGUUUGGAUCAAUCAGCGUCCUGGGACCAGACAAUAUUCCAGAAGAGUUGUUCGAAACCAGCGGCGCCGAUUUCUCCGAUAAUCUAAUAGAACUUGCCGUCUGCUUUGACGAAUGGAACUUUGAACAAACCGUUCACGAACUCAUCCGGGCUGGGCUUAUCAGGAGGUCAUCGGAGGACAUGACUCUUUUCGUCCAUCGAGUAAUCCAGUUGAAUUUCCGCUCAUUCUUGGACCAUGCUACAUUCCUAAAAUUACUUGGGGCAACAGGGGCUCUGCUUGCUCGAAAGUUUCCGCCGCAUAAGCGCGCAUCGUUUCGCACCUAUCCCGAGCUCUGGGCCCAAGGGCAAAGGUACAUAGCGCAUGUGGUCUGCACACUGUCACAUAUUUCGGAUGUCACGGCCGAGGGCGACACCGUUCCGGGGAGGGAAAAGUUCAUUUCCUGUCUCGCAGCGGCAGGAAGGUUUCUUUUCGACAUGGGUAAUUACGCCGAAGGGCUUGAUCUAUUAAAAAGGAGCAUGCAGAUAAGCGUCGGCCAUGAAGAUUCGUUUGAGUACAUGCUUAUCCUUAACGAGAUCGGAAACAUCUACGCUCUGCAAAACAAAACCUCCAUUGCUCAACAGUACUUGACGUCCGCAAGAGACAUUGGAGAAAGAAUUCUCGACCCCAUGGACCCGCUAUUAGCUGCUGUUUACAACAAUUUUGGCAACAGCCUCUUAUCGCAAGUCCAAACCGCGGAGGCCCGAGCCUAUUACGAGAAAGCCUUAAACAUCUACCUCUCCUUGCCUGCUGAAAGCGGCAAGAAGGACAUCGUUUGCAUUUAUCAAAACAUCGCUAUUGGAUACACAAUGGAUGGAAACCAUGAACAGGCUCGCCCAAACCUCUUGAAGUGUCGAAAGCUGGCUAUUGAGACGUUUGGAGAAAAGACUGAAUUUGAAGCGCAAUCGUACUACGUUGAAGGUCAAAUCUGUGAGGCCAAAGGUGCUUUCACUGAGGCUGAGAAACUCUAUGAAAAUUCAUACCAGCUAUUCUCUAACCUGGCUCACAUGCACCCCAUCGUUGGCGCAAAGCUCCUGCGACUCGGUAGCCUGAGCAUCAAGCAGGAAGACGCCGAUAAGGCCGUAGAUUACCUCAAAGCAGCUUUAAAACUUUCCCAAUAUAAUGAACGCACCCAAGGUGAUAAAGGGGACUAUGCCCGUGUGCUCUGGAAGCUCAGCCAAGCGUUGGAGCUGAAAAAUGAAGGGUUUGAGGCUCGUCGUUUGCGUCAACAAGCUGAAGGAAUCAGGAGAGCAAUCCAGGGUUCUCGUUUUGACGAACUGCCUGCAACCGAUGAUAGCUACAAUAUACUUGUAGCAGCUUAUUUUCGACCCACCUGGAGCACCCGGAGGGAUGUCCAAGAAUGGACACAUCAGGACCAAUCAACUUGGAUCAGGGCGGACAAAGUCACGGAAGGCCAAAUCGGGAUGUCGCUUGAUGAUAACAACAUCAAUUACAUGAGGAUGAGAGAUCAUAUCCCACAUGUGCACUGCCCAGUGGACAUCAUUAUGGAAGGACUAGCUAUGUAA